ACAAAUAUCCAAAACCGUCCCAAUUAUUUACCAUUCUCCUGAAAUUCUAGGGUUUCUCAUCUUUUUUCUCUCAAUAAAUUCCUUCAGAUUUCCAAAAUCAAAACAAUUCAAUUCCUUAAAUCAACACAUAUGCAACCUCCAAACAUAUUCCAAAUUCAUCCAGGAUUCAUAUAAUAGCCACUUUUUCCCAUUCAAAAAAACAGCUAUUAUAUUAAUAUUUUGCCUUGUUUAUUGACUUGAUAAUGAUAAUAUCUUCAUUCCUUCGUUUCACUUCAUCCUUUAUGUUCAACAAACUUACAAAUCUUCGUGUUUUUGGUCCUGGAUUGAACCCUUUUGGUCCUUACAAUUUGGCUAAUCAUUCCUCUCGUUAAACCCCUAAUCUUUUUUUCUGUUGUUAGAUCAUGUAAAAUUGAAGGAUUUCUAAGCAAAUUAUCACUUCUUUUGGGUCUUUUCUGCUAAGACAGAUCAAUCUUGAAAAAGAAUUGUAUUUUUGGUUAGGUUCAAUUAUGUAAAUUGAAGGGUGUUUUAAGCAAAUUAUCAGUUCUUUUGGGUCCUUUUUGCUGAAAACUUUUGUGGGUUUUUCCUAUUUGGAAGAAAUAUCGAUCUUGUUGGGAAAAAAAAAAUCUAUUUUUCUUGUGAUUUUAGGUUCAAUAAUGUAAAUUGAAGGGUCUUUAAGCAAAUUUUCAGUUCUUUUGGGUGUUUUAUACUGAAGGCUUUGUGAGUUUUUCGCGUAAUCGAAAGACAUAUCAAUCUUGUUGGGAAAAAAAAAAUCUAUUUUUCUUGUGAUUUUGGUUCAAUUAUGUAAAUUGAAGGGUGUUUAAGCAAAUUUCAGUUCUUUUGGAUCCUUUAUACUGAAGGCUUUGUGGGUUUUUCGCGUAAUCGAAAGACAUAUCAAUCUUGUUGGAAAAAAAUUGAAUUUUUCAUGUGAUUGAGAUUAUAGUUUUUGGACUUGUUGAUUAGUUUUCGAAAUUACUCUUCCUAUUGCUGGUGAAAGAGUUGAAAGAAAUAUCGCGAGAAAGGAAAGAAAAAAAGGAUUUACUUUCAUUAGGUACUUGUUUGGUGUUAUAAAAGAGAAAAAUGGAGGAGGAACAGAUGGGUUCGAUUAGGCGGUUAAGAAGAAUGCGUUCGACUGCUGGUGAUCGUGAUACGGAUGAUCGUGGUUGGACUCCACUUCAUAUUGUUGCUCGGAAAGGUGACCUCAAACAGGUCAGAAGACUUCUGAAUGAAGGCAUGGAUGCAAAUGUUAUUGCAGGGGGCCCUAAAUCAUUUGGUAUGACCCCACUCCAUCUUGCUGCUAAGGGAGGUCACGUGCGAGUUAUGGAUGAAUUGCUUGAGAGAGGUGCUGAUAUCGAUGCUCGAGCCAAGGGUGCCUGUGCAUGGACCCCUCUCCACCAUGCAGCUAAAGAGAAAAAGAAGAAAGCAAUUAAAUUCUUGAUUAGAAAUGGUGCAUUUUUGCCAGAUGACAUUUCUGACACCAGGUUCAAUCCACCACUCCACUAUUGUCCCGGUCUUGAAUGGGCUUAUGAGGAAAUGAAGCUGCUUCAGCUAGAGAGUUCAUCAUCUGGCGAGGCCUCCUACAGCUCAGAAAACUGAGAUCGAAUUGAAUGCUCCAAGUGUUGAUGUGUGGAGUUCAGGACUCCUCUCAACGUAGUAUCUACUCUAUGUUUAAGUAUUACCGUUGGUCAACUCUAGUGUUGCAUUUGGAUUGUGAGCGUCGAUUUCAUGCUUUACUUCGUUGUGGUUUGCGUGUUUGUUAUUUAGCAAGUAGUUGUUACUGAGACUGUUGUGUCACUGCAGUGAGUAUGCUAAGGAAACAAUGUCUUGUGUUCACCAUCUGGAUGUCUUGUCAUAUUUUGGUGAUGAAUAAAUCUGCUUGGUUGUGUUGAAAUGUCAUUGAGAGAACUUUUCAUAUGUUGAAUAUAUGAUUGUGGGUUUUGUGA